AUGCAAAAGUAAGAGAUUUAACUCAAUAAUUAUGAUGAUAUCUCAUUGAAAAUAUAAUCAUCUCAAUAGAAUAGAUGUAUAUUGGAAUAAUAAGCAUUAAAUUAUGAGAUGAAUAAAUAAAAUGAAAGCAUUUUUACAACUCUUGAAAAUUUUGAAUGUUAUCCUGAUUUAUAAAAUAGAUUAGCAGAUGCUAUCAAAUAAGAAAAUCUUUAAUUUAAAUAAUACCAUAAGAAAGUAUCAUAAACUUUGAAUGAAGCAAAAACUAUAGUCUUAGAUUAUUUUAAAAAAACUAAAGAAGAAAUUAAAAAGAUAAUAAAUUCUUUAAAAACUACUGAAUUUCUUUACAAAAUAACAUAAAGUUCAUAAGAAAAAAUAAAAUAAUCAUUAAUUGAACAACCAAACAAAGAAAAAUAUUAGAAAGAAAAGUUUAAUGACAUAGUUUAAAUGUUAAAUAUUUUAAUUUAAUAUUCUAAAUCAUUUCAUUAAUUAAAAUUUGAGAUAUCCAAAACUGAACAAUUGUUUAAUAAUCAAGUUUAAAUCACAGGCAAUUAUAAUUUUGGAUUAAAACAUGGAUGUCAUUUUUAUAAAUUUUUAGAUUUGUAAUUCAAAGUAUAAUCUACUAUUUCAUAAUAAAUAGGGAGGUGAAUAUAAAUAUGGGAUAAAGGAAGGAUUAUGGAAAGAGAUACUUUGGGCAAGAUCAGAACCUAUAGAAUUAAUUUAUGAACAAGGAUAAUAUUUAAAUGGAAAAAGAAUUGGAGAAUGGAAUACAAUUGAUUUAAUUGCAAAUUAGAUUUUAAGUAAUGGAACUUAUGAUGAAUUUGGAAAUAAAUAGGGUAAAUGGCUUGAAAUGAAAAUAAAACAUGAUGAAAACAAUAAUAUUAAGUAAAAUUUUAUUUAAAUUUUAGAAUUGUUGAAUGGCAUCAAAAUUAUAUUAAUGAUUUCCCCUAAAAUGAAAGAAGAUUAACAUCAAUUAUUAGAGUAUUUAGAAUUAUUAAAAUAUAUAUAGAAUUCCUUAAUUUUAAGUCAAGCUAAUUGUCCUUAAAUUCCAAUAACUGAAGGAUAUUUCAUUAAAUAAGGAAAAUCAAAAUAAUUAGAAAAUGAGAUAUUUGUAUAAUUGCAACCUUAAAGCUAAAUGCUUUAUUUAUAUUAAUCUUAAUCCUUCAAUGUUUAACCUAAGUAAUAAUUAUAAUUUAAAUAGUGAAAUCAUUAAUCUAAUUAGUAUACAUUCUGUUUUUCAUUAAAAAAACACAAAAAAAAAUAAUAUAGUUGAAAUCAAUUUUUUGAAUGGAAAAAAGGUUUAAUUUAUGACAAAAACAGAACGUGCUGCUAAAAAAUGGGUUGAUUCAUUAAAUUAAGCAUUAUUAUAUAAUUAAUGGAUAACUGAAAAAUAGAAUUCAUCUAUAAGUGUUUAAGAUGUUAGUGAAGAUAUUAAUAAUGAGAAAAUAUUUAUUGAGGAUAAUGUUUUACAAAAUUAAAAUUAUUAGUACCUGAAAGAAGGAUUUGAUGACAUUUUUUCAUUAGAUAUAAAAUAAUUUGAAUUAUAAAAACAAUUAGGAGAAGGACUAUUUGGCAAAGUGUUUUUGGCUAAAUAUAAAAACAAUAAUAUUUAUGCUUUAAAGCAAAUGUAAAAGAGUUUUUUAAAAAAACAGAAUUAUUUAAAAUAUGCUAUUACUGAGAUGGAGAUAUUGAAAAGUGUGGAUUGUCCAUUUAUUAUAAAAAGUUAUGCAAUAUUAGAAGUAAUAUUAAUAAUUUAAAAAUUUUAGAAUGAAAAAUAUUAUUAUAUAAUAAUGGAAUAUUGUCCAGGCAGAGAUCUUAUACAUAAUCUAAUUAUUCAUGGAAAAUUUAAUGAAAAUGAAGUAAGAUUUUAUAUGGCUGAAUUAAUAAUUGCUAUAGAAUAUUUACAUAAUAAGGAUAUCUUAUAUAGAGAUUUGAAACCAGAAAAUAUUUUAAUAGACAGAAGAGGUCAUAUUAAAUUAAUUGAUUUUGGAUUAUGCAAAACUGAUAUUAAAGAUGGUGAAAGAAGUCACAGUUUUUGUGGUUCACCUUAUUAUAUGUCACCAGAAAUGAUUGAUUAAAGAGGGGCUACAAAAGCCUCUGAUAUAUAUGGAUUAGGAGCCAUUUUCUAUGAAUUAUUAACAGGAAAAUCACCAUAUUUUGAUAAGAAUUAAGAAAAUGUCAAACAAAAUAUCAAAGAUGCUAAACUUACUUAUCCUAAUAAUAUUUCUUAGUCAGCUAGAGACUUAAUACUUGUAUUAUUAUUAUAAAGAGUAUUUUUAGUAAAUGCUUGAAAUUGAUGAAACAAAAAGAAUUACAUUAAAUGCAAUUAAAUCAAAUAAAUUUUUUAGUGGUGUUGAUUGGGGUAGAAUGUAUAAAUAAUAAUAUACCCCUCCAAUAAGAGAAUUUGAAGAUCUAUCAGAUGAUGAUUGA